CUUAGGUCAAACUGAGAUGAAAAUGGUUAAAAUUUUAUGAUUUUGUUCAUAAAAAAUCAAAUAGCUAAAGCUCUGCCCCCGACCCUCCCAUUAAAUACCCCAGUUACACCUCUAAAGUUGUAUGAAAUGUAGAUUCUAGAUCUCCUUAACUCUUUUCUCUUCAUGCAAUAAUACUUAUAGAAAAAUGUUGGAUGUUGAGAAAGGAUGGGAGGCUUUUAAUAAUUUUGAGAAUUAUUUAUUCAUACCAGAUUGUGAGGAUUUCUUUCAGUUCACAGGAAAAUGGAAUGUUAGGCAUCAAGCUGCAGUAGAUGCUGGGAUUUCUUAUCCUAACAGUCUCCUGGCGUUCAAGUUACUGCGAAAUUCCAACCUGUCUGCGUCUGUGCAGUCUCAAAUUAUAUCUACGCUGUGUGCUCAAUUUAAAGACGACUGUAAUAUCGUGCAUCUGAUUACAUACUUGAUCAGCAAAGAGACGCAAAACACACAGAAUUUUAAAUCCGUUCCUAAACAGGUUAAUAGCGAGCAGUCACUAGGAUGUCUUCCGACUGAAGAGAAGGUUGAUAUACCUAGAGAAAUUGAUCCCCUGUAUUCAGAUGAAACUAUUAAACUAGAAUAUUAUAAUGUCGAGGAAGAAAUGGUUGAUAAUGAUAAGAUCAAUCUUGUGGAUGUGUCAAUAAGCUCCGAAUCUUCAAAAAAUCCCUCUGUGAAAAGAAUUGGGAAUUUAGACUAUUUGGACGAGAAUGCUGCAGGUUAUAGUUCCGUUUUCAACCUAGAAACUUCCACACCCUGCAUCAAACGGAAGAUCUACAAUGAUCAUGAUCGCCUAAUUAACGGUAUCCAACGACUGGAAACCACCCUGACCAUCAGAUACGAUCAGCUGGAGGCAAAUAUUAAGGAUUGGUUUCAAUACUAUCACAACAAAUUCAGUAAUGUCCUUCAGAAGACUUCGGGAAAACUGUCAGCCGAGAUAAGUUGUAUGGACACGUCAAACGCCAGCUCCAAAGCUGCAAAUAUUCCCAAGAUGAAAAAAGUUGCGAAUUUAAAGGAGUUAAAAGAAUUAGAAACAUCACUGCAUGAUGAAGCGUUCUUUUCACAGUACACACAAUCGGUGGUCAAACUAAUAACUGGGCAGAGUGUUUACGUCACUGCAUAUACUUUACUUCCUAAGAUAAUGGAGAAGGACUUUCUUGUGGAUGUGAGCUUGACACCCGGGUUCGGCGAAAAUAUGACUCUCAAACCAGUGAUCCUGGACGAAUUCCCAAAAGUGCUAUCAUUAAUCACAAAUGCUAUAACUGUCAAGUGGGGUGAAAAAUUUGAAUACAAUUCCGAAAAGGAACUGAGGGAUGGACUAUCGAGAUACUUACGUAACACGGGAUAUGAGAACAGGAGGAAAAGAAAGAAACGUCGAUCCAGUCCUAGCAACACAGAUGAUACAUCGGACAGUAAGAAGCAGAUGAAACAUCACGGAGCCGGAGCAUCAGGUUCCUUCCCAGACCAACUAGUUGGUCGGACCAAAACUCCGGACCCCGGAUUACAAGCAUCAGGUCCCUUUCCAGACCGACUAGUUCGUCGGACCAAAGCUCCGGACUCCGGAUCACAACAAGCUUUCGGCCCCUCUAAAGACAAACCAGUUCGUCGGACUAAAACUCCAGAGCAGCCUGUAGAUACAUUAGAUGACGACCCGGUAUCUCACAUACUUAAUGCGCCGGAAUUUCUCCAAAAAGUGAAAGGCAAAGAAAGUACAGAAUUGAGACAGCGGAAAACUCAACAUCACAUAAGCCUUAAAAGCUCUGAAGAACAAUUUGAUCCCAGGAUCUGGGUAGAACUGAAGAGAAGUCCACUGUUAACCAGUACUGGAAUUUUGGAAUUUUAAUUCAGGUUCCUGUGAUCUCUGGUUACUGAGAAAAGUCUUCCUAAAGUUCGAGCCUCAAAACAAGUUUCGACCCGACAUCGCAUGCUUUAAUUGGCAAUAACUUCGUUGUCAAUUAAGAUAUCAAGCUAAUUUAAAUGCCAUUUUUUUUCCUAGUUACUUAAAGAUUAAACUUUAUCAGAAGAUUUUUUUAUUUUACUUAUUACAUAUGCUGAUAUAUUUAAUUUGUAUUUUUAGACCUCUAACUUUUAGUCAUAACUAAGGUGGGGUCAGCACUUAGGUCAAACUCAGAUGAAAAUGGUUAGAAUUUCAUUUUUUUGUUCAAGAGAAAUCAACCCCAAAUUCAAUACCAAAAGCUCUGCCCUCCCAUGAAAUACCCCAGUUGCGCCUAAAUGUAAUGUUAAUAUCAUGAAAUAUAGAUAUACUUAGUGCAUGCAAUAAUACUUAUAGAAAAA